AAGGUCCUAACUAGGGCCCCAUCUAGGGCCCCAACUAGGGUCCUAACUAGGAUCCCAUCUAGGGUCCCAACUAGGGCCCCAUCUAGGGCCCCAACUAGGGCACUAACUAGGGUCCAAACUAGGAUCCUAACUCCUCUCUAUCCCCUACAGUGAGGAGCGUAUGACAGCGGCGCGGGUCAGGAAGUGUGUGAAGUGCGGAACGGGUCUGGUGAAGUCUGAAGGGUGUAACAGGAUGUGGUGUCGUUGUGGAAGCUACAUGUGUUACCUGUGCCGAGAGCCAAUCAGUGGAUACAACCACUUCUGUCAGCACGCUCGCUCACCUGGCGCUCCCUGUAGGCACUGCCGCAAGUGUUCCCUCUGGACAGACCCCACGCAAGACGACGAGCGCAUCAUUCAGGAGAUUCAGAAAGAGGGGGAGAAAGAACUCAACAAGAAGAACGCAGAGACUUCAGGGAAGAGGGUCGGCCCGCCCCCGGAACCUGUGGUGGUUGCUAAGCGACCUCGAGCAGCCCUCCCUCCACAGGCGGUGCGAGCGCCCCUAUUGGUCCCUCCUCGUGUCAUUCUGCCUCAUCGCCAGCCCUUGCCCCCCGCCCCCUACGUGCCCCCGCUCCUCCACCUGCCCCCCCUCAACUACCACCCCCCUCUCAACCAGGUCAACAACAACCCAAACAAUAUAGACAUCAACAUGCCCAUGCACUAUGGACCCCCCCCUCGUUACUACAGACACCUAUAACCCCCCCCUCCUCUACUACAGACCCUAUAACCCCCCUCCUCUACUACAGACCCCUAUAACCCCCCCUCUACU